AUGGAGGAAGAACUUUUGCAUGUUUUGAGAUCGACCAAGGAACUUCUCAAACUCCAAGCGAAAAUGAGUGAGGAUCAACAUGCUGAGUUCAUGGCUACCCUUCACCAGAUGAACACUUCAAAUGACAAACGCCCAGAGCUCACAAUUGAAGCUCUUUCCGGCACAAUUGAAUUGUUCGCGUACGAUCCAGACAACAAUGUGACAUUUGAUAUUUGGUUUGCCAAAUAUGAGGAUAUUUUCCGUGAGGAUGCGAAGGCUCUGGACGACGCUGGACGUACAAGAUUGUUACUCAGGCGUUUGGACAACAUUGCUCAUGCAAGGUAUGUCAAUUACAUUUUACCGUCUGCGCCCCGUGACAAAAAGUUCGACGAGACAGUCAGUGUUUUACGCACGAUUUUCGGCCGAGGUGAAAGUCUCUUUGGAAGGAGAUGGAAGUGCCUUCAAAUGCAAAAACGUGAAUCGGACGAUUAUACAACAUAUGCUGCCACUGUCAAUAGAGCUUGUGAGGAUUUCCAGUUCUCAACAGUCACGCCAGACUAUUUCAAAUGCUUGAUAUACCUACUCGGGCUUCAAGGCGAUGUUCAUAAAGAUGUGCGUACACGACUUCUGAACAAGUUAGAGACCGAGGAUAUUUCUAACCUGAACCUGGAGCUCAUGGUCACGGAAUCAAAACGCCUUCUGUGCCUCAAGAAGGAUAGUGCCCGAAUUGAGUCAUCCGUCAAACAGGAGCCUGCCUCCGUCAACAAGGUUCAUACAAAGAAGCCUUUCAAAAAGGAUUCUCCGCAGAAGCAGAAGAAGACACCCAGCUCUCCGCGCUGGUUAUGCGGAGCAAUGCACUACGUGCGUGAAUGCACAUUUAAAAAUCACACUUGCUCAGAGUGUGGUUCCAAGGGGCAUCGUGAGGGGUACUGCGGCCUUGGUGAGAGCCAUAAGAAGAAUUUUAAGGGUAAGAAGCAGCCUCAACAGCGAUCUCAAGUCAAUAUGGUAGCCAACGCACCCUCUGGACGGAAGUAUAUCGCCGUCACAAUCAACAAUUCUCCGCUUUCUCUCCUGUAUGAUACAGGAUCGGAUCUGACGAUCAUCUCUCAAGAAAACUGGAUACAACUUGGAUCACCACCACUCACCCCAACUCGAGAUCAUCCUCAUGAUGCUCAGGGAAACACCAUUCGUCUUCUGGACUCAUUGGCAUUUGAAAGCGUCAAGGGAAGUGGAUUUCAGGAUUUUCUGAUGGCAUAUGGUGUUGUCAAAUCCAAAGAUGACAUCCCUCAUCCAACUACACUCUCCAGAGAUGCUUUGGAUGAUGUUUACAGUGCUCGAUGGCGCGCGAAAUAUGAUAAGGGCGAUAGAUUUACUGCCAGAAAAUUGCCGUCGCCAACAGUGCGUCGCGCAUGCCCUUCACCGCCUGAUAAUGAAGGAUUUAAUGGAGAAUGA